AGGCACAAAAAAUUACAACUAAUAGUAAGCUACCUGGCCUGAGGUUUAAAGGCUAAUACGGACGUUACCCAGGUGGGAAUCCUGAAAAUGGCAGCUAAAUUGAAAAAAAACUUGAAGAAUAUCUCCUACAAGUAUACUGAUGCUCAGGUGAAAGUGCGUGAAGCAACAAGCAAUGAUCCUUGGGGUCCUUCCAGCACAUUGAUGUCUGAGAUUGCAGACAUGACUCACAAUGUUAUUGCCUUCAGUGAAAUCAUGCAACUGAUCUGGAAGCGACUGAAUGACCAUGGAAAGAAUUGGAGACAUGUCUAUAAAGCCUUAGUUUUGCUGGAAUACCUAAUCAAAACAGGCAGUGAUAAAGUGGCCCAGCUGUGCAAGGAGAAAAUAUUUGUGAUUCAAACUCUUAAGGACUUUCAGCAUUUGGAAGAUAAAAUGGAUUUGGGAAUGAAUGUACGGGAGAAAUCAAAGCAGGUGGUAGCUCUGCUCACUGAUGAAGGGAUGCUCUAUAGAGCUCCAACGCAUCUACCCAAGACAAAAGACUCUGCUUCUGCAUCAACAUUCAUAUUCAAUCCCACUCCUAGGUUUCCACAGGAAUAUACACUCGACCCCCCUUAUAAUAUGACCUAUAUAAACCAAAUGCAAAUGCAGAGAGGGCUGGCCAUGAAUGCAACACAGCAGCAAGUCCCUCCUGGUGCGGCAUCGCAGGCUCCUCUCGUUCCCAGUGCUCCUGAAGAGGUUCCACGGCCUAGAAGUCUAUUGCCCCUCAUGGAUCCAGAGACAGGUCCCAAUGUUCUUGAUGAAAGUGAAAGCGAUACCGAGAUAGCCUGUGCAUGCCACAGCUGCAAGGAGAGAAUCGCCGGCGUCUUCUACAAGUGCGUGGAGUGCGUCGAUUAUAUGAUCUGCUCCACUUGCGAGGCGGAUGGCAUCGUCCACACCGGCCACAACAUGCUCCGAAUCAAGUCUUCCGCGUCUUCCCUACUCCACCCUGUGUCAGGGGACGUUCACCAGAAAGUGGAAUGCGUCUCUUGCCAUGGUCCAGUUAGAGGGAGUAGCUACAAAUGCCUACAAUGCCCUGCGGUCGUCCUCUGCCGUAUGUGCGAGGUCAUGGGGACCGAGCACCCGCAUCACCUCUUCAUAAGACUUCCAUCUCGCGUACCCGUCGUCCCUCUCACGCCCGACCUGGAUGGCAUGAUAGCCGAAGAACAUCCAGGAGUUAUGUGUGAUUCUUGUUACAAAGGAGUAAGAGGUAGGAGGUUCAAGUGCCUCGUGUGUCCCAACUUCAACCUCUGCAGCGACUGCGAGCAGUUGGAAGAACAGCACUCCCACCACCCUAUGAUUCGCUUUUCCAAGCCCAGUGCCAUUGUUCUGAGGCGCUCGGACAUCCUCGCAGAUGAUCUGCACCACGGUGUGACCUGCGCGAGUUGCAGAGGGAGCAUCAAAGGGUACCGCUACAAGUGUCUCAAGUGUCGGGACUACGACCUCUGCAUGGGAUGCGAAUCCACUUUCCAGCACAUUCAACACCGCAUGCUCAGAAUGCCUCCCAACCGUGAGAGCCAAGCCCCUGUUCCUUCCGACCAGAGCACGCCUUCUCUUCCAGCUGGUGAGAGCGAAGCCCCUGUUCCUUCCGACCAGCGCACGCCUUCUCAUCAAGCUGGGGAUGACGGAAACCUGUGCAAGCUGUGCCUGGAGGAGGAGCUGGACUGCGUGUUCCUCGACUGCCGCCACAUGGUCGCCUGCCUCCCUUGCGCCGAAAGGGUUCAGAAUUGUCCCAUCUGCCGGAAGGUCAUCGCUCAGCGGAUCCGCAUCUUCAAGGCGUGAAGUGUGCCAUUUUAUCCGAUUGGUACUAGGUUGCCGGCACUCUCACUGGGAUUAUGAAUGGGGAUUCUUGUCGAUGUCUGUUCAUAAUUACUCUUGUUUGUUCUUGUCUUCCUGGUGCAUGCUAUUUGAGUUAUGUCAUUGUAGGAAAUAUAGUAGAGA